UCAAAUUUCCAUCCAGGUACUUUCUCUACAAAUUGUGUUGAGCGAGUUGGUGCGUCGGAUACGAUGGCAGAGCGACGCUCAGUGUGGCUUCUUCGCUUGACCGUACUCAGCUGCAUUACUCAACAAAAUCUCAUACUGGGAGCGCCGGGGUUCGCCAUCAGCGAGCAACGGAAGAUCAACUACCUGCAAGACGCGCUUAAGUUGGCCACAAGCUUCUCGCUGCCUGCCAACCUAACCACUGUCUCCUACUGCCUGCACUUCAAGCUGCUCUUUGUGUCGGAUGAAUCCUGUUCACUCUUCUCUAUCUACCCACUGAGCCUCAUCGCAUUCGCUGCUCGAGCUCUAUACUUCACCGACGGCCCUUCACUGUCGUACAUGGUGCUGGACUACGAAGUGCCGCUGCGUGAGUGGGUGCACAUCUGCAUCUCCAUAUUAGGUGACGCGAAAGUCUUCAUCAAUGGCGUCGAGAAACGGACGAUGGUAGUUGUGAAUACUUCGGUCCCGAUGUCAAUGAUGGAGGUGCGUUGGCUUGCGUUUGCUUCAAUUUACGAAAUGAAUGGAAACUACGAAAUGGACUUCGGGGCAUACGUCACUGUUCCUGUUGUUCUAUCAAGAAAAAUUUCUGCGCUGGAGGAAAUGCGAUAUUUGCGCGACAAGAACGUGAUUUUGACCCGCGAUGUGAAGCUGGACCCAGCGACCAACCGCAGCCCCUGGACGCCGCUCAACUCUUCGUACAGUCGCCAGCCCGCGUUGCCCGAGCCCGCCGUGGAAGUGUUGGACCUAAACCCAUGCGCCGCCUUCACCACUGAGCUGCGCUACUUGGGCACAGGUGGCUUCACUUACGACGAGGCUGCCAGCUGGUGCAAGAAGUUCACAGGCGUUUUACCAUCUGCCAACCACUCUGAAAUAAAGAGCAUUAAGGUCAUGCUGGCGGCAAAGCGAUCCGGCUCUUAUUUUUGGUUGCGGAAACAAGCCCUGAAGAAUACCUGCUCAAUGGUAAUGCAGUCCGAUUCAAGUAACGCGGCUGUGCUGGAGAUGGACUGCGGCAGUAAAAUACCGAAGCAGCUCGUGUGCGAGAUUCCAGAAAACGCAUCAUUCUCCGCGCUAGGCGAUGAAAUGGAGAAGUUCAACAAGUUUUACUUGGAUAGAGAUGGUGUGCAGAGCGUGUACCACACUCGGUACCGGGAUACCAUUGCCCUGAACAGCGAGAACACCGACUACCUGUUCACUAUGACCAACAAGCAGAUGAUCAUUGCAGCCAAGCAGGGGCUGGACGUUCCUAUGGGAAGGUUCAACUCCCGGAAGACGGACGCUUCGGGGGAUGAAGUUGAAACUGCCAUUUCUGCGUGCUCUGGAGAAGAGUUCACGUGCAACGAUGAGUUCACGUGCAACGAUGGCUCGUGCAUCCCCCUGACGCAGCACUGCGACGGGCUGCAGCAGUGCCUCGACUUCGAGGACGAGGACUGCGAUCAGAACUUCUGCCUCGUGCAGAACUAUGACCGCACACGCGCUCCAAGCAUGAAACUUCCAAUCAAACUUUCUGUCAAAAUCACUUCCAUUUCCGACGUGGACAUUGACAACGGGCGUAUCAAAAUUGGAAUCGUUGUAGUUACUUCAUGGACUGACAAAAGAGUUGACUUUGUCCAACUUGAGGAAGAAUUGGAGAAGAAUACAAUUUCAGGAGACAUCUGGUACCCGAAAUAUCACUUCCAGCCUUUGGUAUUCAAGGACGAAAGGGAUUACUACCAGGGGAACAACAGCAUCUCGUGGCUCAUGGCAGAACGUGGAAACGCUCAGGGAACUAAAGUCUACAAGACCCAGAGGAAGCGCCUGUACGAAGCCGAGGUGGUCCGCAAGGAGAUCACUUCCUUCACUCUGCUCUGCGACUUCGACCUGGCCAUCUACCCUUUUGGGGUGCAUCCCUGCAUGUACAACAUCACUCUAGAUGACCAGAGUGCCAAUGGUCCAUACUUCAACAUGUCCGCAACGCAGCUGGAGCUAACGAAGCAGAAGAUGUCGCUGUUCAUGGUUCGGUACAGCGGCUUCCAGGAGCUAAACAACACUUCAUCCCCGUUGCCUGCUCCCUUUCGCAGGCAACGCAGCUGGAGCUAA